CCUUCCCAUGUUUCAGCCGCAUUGAUGUAAACAUCACCGGGACGCUGUUUACAUCUCAUGUCUCCGGGUCUGCUGCUUUUAUUCCUUCCACAAACAAAUAAGACGGAAUGGAAAUUCAAAGUGACCGAGAUUGUUUCUUCGGAGACAUUGGCUGCUGGUCAGAGAGGACGGAGGUGCACAAGGCGGCGUCUCUCGGCCAGACCUCCCAGCUGCAGAGUCUGAUCCGCAGCGGAGCGUCAGUGAACGUGGUGGCGGUCGACUCCAUCACCCCGCUGCACGAGGCCUGCCUCCGCGGACAGACCCAGUGUGUCCGGCUGCUGCUGGACGCCGGGGCCCAGGUGGAUGCGAGGAACGUGGACGGCAGCACCCCGCUGUGUGAGGCUUCCUCGGCUGGUAGUUUGGAGUGUGUGAGGCUCCUGCUGGAUCGAGGUGCCAAAUCCAACCCCGCCCUCACCUCCCGCACCCCCUCCCCCCUCCACGAGGCCUGCAUGGGAGGUAAAAAAGACUGCGUGAAGCUCCUGAUCGCCAUGGGUGCAAAUCUGGAGGCGUACGAUAUUUACUACGGGACCCCGCUACAUGUAGCUUGUGCUAAUGAACAUACAGAGUGUGUUAAAUUGUUGCUCAAUGCAGGUGCAAAGGUGAACGCGGCCCGGCUCCACGAGACUCCGCUGCACCACGCUGCUAAAAACAAGCAGGGGGAGAUGGUGGAGUUACUGGUGGAGUUCGGGGCCAACGUCCACGCCAGGGAUCAGCACGACAAGAAACCCUUGGACUACACCACCCCCGGCUCCCCCUCUGCAACCUGUUUACAGUUUUACGAGACCACCCCCAUGAACCUGCAGCAGCUCAGCCGGCUGGCACUGAGGGCGAUGCUGGAAACCAGAGCUCUGGAGGUGAUAGAACAACUGGACAUACCUAAACUCAUCAUCGGCUACCUGUGCUAUCAGUGAGGAGGAGAAGGAGGAGGAGUCGGUAAAAUGUGAAACCUCAAAGAGCUGCUGCACAGACAAAACUCAGAGGUACCAUUUGACAUGGGUGAUGAGCACGCUGCUUCUCAAUGUAAAUGAAUGCACACAGGAGGAUUUCUAAAUGUCAUUCAAUGCACAUUUUCACAUGUCAGUGUACAACUCAUGCAGUUUACUGAGGUCCUCCUGCAGGACUUUGGGCUGUUUCCACGUCUUUGUCUCGUGUCUGGAGCGGCCAGCAGGCACACUUAGCUGACUCAGCUUUGAGGAGGCCAUCUGUCGGCUCUCCUAUAAAGGUCUGCGCCUGCUUACUGUUGGUUUGAUCUUUAUGAGGAAUCAAAAGCACACUUCAUGCUUUCAAACCCUCGUCCAAAUCUUUCAUUUCUGCCCUUUUUUGCCCUAAACGUGCCCUGGCUUCACGAUGCUGGCCUGAAUACAUGCGGCUCAUCUGCUGCACUCCAUAAAUAUGCCAACAUGGCUGUUAGACUUUAAUCAAAAUACAAAUUCCUCUCCAUCAUUACCAGUGACUGUUUUUCCUCGUACAAAAAUGCAGCCUGGUUCAUUUUGAUCUCGGCCUGUAAAUAACCCUGAAGCACAGAUUUGUCCUUCUUCCCAUGGACUGUUCUGUUUAAGUCUUAAAAUACCCGACCCUGAUACAGAUGGGUUUCUUCUUAUAGCUCCUUAACAGCAAAAGGACUGGAGAGUAGGACAGGCAUGCAGGGAGUAUCUUCAUGUUGGUUUGUGUGGAUCUGUCCUGCUGCUCUGUCAGACUUAACACUUUUUUUUUUGUCUUAUUCAAGUGAAUAAUGUCCUGAGGUGCUGAUGAAUCCACCCACGGACAUGUGUUACUGUUAGUAUUUAUCUUACUAAGCUGUAAAGAAGUGUUGCUUUGAUGGUUUAUGUUAAUUUAUUGAAUAAAUUGCACUGUUUGUGUGCUUGUUGCACUUUA